AGUUUUCAAGUCAUAAUAAUUGUAUUAUGUGAUUUGAUUUCUGAUUGCUGUGCUAAUGCUUUACUUUGUCUGGUUCUGGUCUGGGGGAGGCAAAAACUGGGGCUGCUUGGGAUCGUCCUUUUUCGGUUUUGGCCUCCUGAUCUCUUCUGUAACGACAGUAUUUAACCAUGGCGUCGCCCCGGGCCCAGCGCGCCAGUCGGUUUUCGUCCUUUGGACGAAAUGCUUCAUAGAUGAUUAUUCUUAUUUUAUUUCUUAUAUAAAAAAAAGCAAAAAAAAGCAAAAAAAAAGAAAAAGGAAACCCCGUUGAUACAUGCUACUUCCCUGACACUCUCCACUCUCUUCCUUUCUUUACACGUUGUGAUCGUGCUUCUCUUUUUAUCCUAUCUAUCUAUCUUCACCUACAUUUCUAGUCUCGACGAAUGACUCAAUUGAUUCGCCCUGUUCAUAAUAAUGACUAACGCCACUGCUACACUAUCUUCCUCUUCUUCCUCAUCUACUACCCCUGCAAAAACAAUGGAUCCCCAAUCCCAAUCAAAACGCAAGGCCUCUACGGCUGGCCUCUCUGUCAACUCCCGCCCUGUCAAACGAAGAGCCUCCAAGGCAUGUUGUUGCUGUCGUGCUCGCAAGGUCCGUUGCGAUGUCGUCGAGAAUGGUUCGCCCUGUACGAAUUGUCGUCUGGAUCAGGUAGAAUGCGUGGUUACAGAAAGCAAGAGGAGAAAGAAAUCUCGUGUUGAAACAGAACAUCCGUCUGUCAACCAUCCCUCUGUAUCGCCCGUCCCCGAAGAUGGUGGCAAUCUUCUGCGCAGACUCUCUGAGAGUCGCGGGCUUUCGGACGCUGCCCCCGCAUCCCCCUCUCUGCAUUCUGUAGACUUGGAUCAAGGGCAGCAUAUGCCGCAUCUGCUCUAUCAAAACCAAGUCCAGCGCAUUGGCUCGGAAGACCAAUAUCGAAGACGAAUGGCUCCCAACCCAGCAGUCCCCGCCACGCUUCCCCUGCAUCAUGUCACCUCGCAAAUUCAGCAGCUCUUGGAUCCGGGCUUUGCCAAUGCUCGUUCUGGUGGUGUUGUACUGCCCGACUACAUCCGCGGGUUGCCCGCGCGAUUGCAAAAAGAGGAUAUCGAUUAUCUGGCCAUGAAAGGCGCCCUGACCGUCCCCGAUCCCGAGUUGCGCAAUGAAUUGCUGAAAAGCUACAUCCACUACGUUCACACCUACAUGCCUCUUUUGGACUUGGAAGAUUUCCUGCAGACAAUCGUCAAAAACGAUGGCAUUCACCGAAUGAGUCUUUUACUGUUCCAGGCUGUCAUGUUCGCCGGUACUGCGUUUAUCGACUUGAAGCACUUACAUGCUGCCGGUUAUCAGUCUCGCAAGGUGGCCCGCAAGGUCUUCUUCCAGCGUGCCCGACUAUUGUACGACUUUGACUACGAAGUGGACCGUAUCUCCCUCGUUCAGUCCCUACUCCUGAUGACUUAUUGGUACGAGACCCCCGAUGACCAGAAAGACACCUGGCAUUGGAUGGGCGUCAGUCUGUCUCUCGCACAUACCAUUGGACUGCAUCGCGAUCCCGGAAACUCCCGGAUGGACGUUCGUCGCCAGCGCAUGUGGAAACGCAUAUGGUGGAGCACCUACACUCGCGAUCGUCUGAUUGCCCUGGGAAUGAGACGUCCCAUGCGCGUCAAGGACGAUGACUGUGAUGUCCCGAUGCUGUGUCUUGACGAUUUCGAGUUCCACGCCUUCCCCCCUGAAAUCGUCAGCAUGGUUGGAAACUCGGAAAUUCUUUCGAAUCCGAGUCACCAGCGAGAGCUCGCCAUGAUGUUUAUCGAAAAGGCCAAGCUCUGUCUGGGCGUGAGCCAUGUCCUCUCCGCCCAGUAUUCCGUUCUGAGCCAUAAAUUCGGCGGCACGAUGGAGACUACUAUGAUGCUGGUCCCCAAGAAAUCGGCCGCGGAGACGUUUGAAGUCCGACGCUGCGACCAGGAGCUGGAAGAUUGGCGGGCCAACCUUCCCGUGGAGACCCAGUACUCCCCCGCUGCCUCCCAGAAACUGACCGAGGCACAAGAGGUUUUGCAUUCUCAUCGGGCCCUGCUCAAGAUGGUCUACCUGACCACGUCCAGCGCUUUGCAUCGCCCUCAAGUCCUCCCGGCCAUCCCAUAUCCGUCGAUGGAUGCGGAAUUGCAAGAAAUGUCGAGGAACAAGGUGCGCUUUGCCGCCGUCGAGAUCACCAAUAUCGCCCAGGACCUUCACUGCUUGGAUCUCACGCGGUAUUUCCCCACUACCGGAGUCACGGUGCUCCUGCCCGCCGUUAUCAUCCACCUUCUCGACAUCAAAUCCAGUGACCCCAGUGUUCGGAUGACUAGCCUACAACGCUUCUACCAGUGCAUGCGUAUUCUCCAGCGAUUGAGAGAGAUCUACGCUUCCGCCGAUUUCGCCACAUCUUUCCUCGAGGCCGCGAUUCGCAAGGCCGGUAUCCAGCUCACUGUCGCCCCACAGGACGUCCAGACCCGGCCUACCGGCAGCACACUAGACACGACCUCGCGACUCAACACCCUGACUCCACCCCCCGAUUCCCUCGCCCAGAAGAUCCCAGACCUUACCUAUCCCAAGCCUCCUAAAGCAAAGACGGCCGCUCAAUCUGCCGAGGAAGGUGGCCCACUCUUUGCUUCGACUCCGCCCGCAUCCGAUGGUAGUGAAAAUGGCAGCACAAACAACCUCAAUCCGAACUACCACCAAGAUGCCUUUAGCAUUCCCAACCUAGAUUCGGAGUUGAGUUUGAGCCAGCUCAUGGAUCUCGCCAACGAUGCCGAGGUGACCCAAAACGAUUUCGAUGCGCUGAUCAACUUUGACGAUGCCGGUACCGACUUCAUGGCCUCGGAGGACAGUAAUCUCAACCUCAAUGGGAACCCCACUGCGGACAAGAAUUACGGAUUCAACAUGGGUAACAUGUCUGACAUGAUGGGUCUCAACCCUGACAGUAAAGGGGUGGACUUUACUGGGCUGGCGGAUGGUCUUCCAGGCCCCAUAGGCACGACGACCGAGGCACCAGCCGAGGCCAACAUUACCGCCGAUCUCGACACUGAUCUCGGGCUGAGCCUGGAUUCAUGAAACCCGAUUACUUGUGCAUAUUAAUUCCUUUCGAUUCCCUUGUUCUUUUUUUCAUUAAUAUUCUGUUUUAUUACGGGAUUGGAUUGGCUUUAUCGCUUUGAAAUUCGUUUUAACAUGCCUCUUUCAAAAGACAUGAAUCAUGGGUGGCGUUUAUUCUGUAAUGGGAUAUAUAUAUGUGCCUGCUUUUCAUUUGUUUAUAUACAUGUUAUCAAAAGUAUGAGAUGAGGAAUAUGAAUGACUUAUUCUACAAAAGUAAUGUGUCUUUCUG